UGUUUGUGUGUGUGUGUGUGUGUGGUUUUUUGUGUGUGUUGACUUGUUGAGAAGUAAAUGCCCUAAAGGCAUCAUUCUUCUGCUAACCUGUCUCUACCCUACAGGAUAACCUGAGCCUUGUCUGCAAGAUCUUGCGUUGUAUUUCUCAUGUCUCUGGUGCUACUGUUGACUUGCAUCACCUGUUGACAGUGUGGAGGGCCUAGUCUACUUGGCCCUCUAAGUUGCAUCAGAGAGAGAACAUAUUACAUUGUAAGACAGCCAAGACGUGUCCCUACUCACUAUAUAGUCCACUAGUUUUGACCAGCCAUAUGGCCCUGUGUAGGGAAUAGGGUGCCAUUUCGGACACAGGCUUAGUGUAUGGACACCAUGUCGUUCAUCACAUCUAUCCAACUCUACACCCCACCCCUACCUUUGAGUCAUUUCCCGAAACAUAAUCUCGAUACCCCUUUCAUAGGCACCGCCCAUCCUGUUCAGUGCCAUCAACCAAUCACGACCUUCCGUUGCGGCUGCGCCAAAGAGAGGCCAUAAUGUUGAGGUUGUUGAGGUUCCCCAGAUUGGUCGUAUCCAUAAGUGUCAUCCUCCUACAGUCUCUCUCUAUCCUCCCUACCUCUCUCUCUCUCCCAGGAGACUGUCUUUAUUAAGCAUUGGCCCCUGUGAGACGGUGCCAUAUGGAGUAAGGGUCCAGUUUGGCAUACAGCUUGGCUUCUGGGGGCCAACAGAGAGAUAGAGAGCUCUGCUACGGAGGAUAGGGAAGAGCUGUGGCUUUGCUACUUGGAGUCAGUUGGCGUGCUCGACUCGAUAGUUUGUAAUCAACAGUCAUUGAGUCCAGUGUUAACUAGACAUAUAGAUUGGAAACGGAAAACACACACUCACUGAAAUAGUUUGUUCUAUUGAGGGACUGAGACUGAAGGAGAGUGGAGGAGGACCAGUGAAAUAGUUUGUUCUACUGAGGGACUGAGACUGAAGGAGAGUGGAGGAGGACCAGUGAAAUAGUUUGUUCUACUGAGGGACUGAGACUGAAGGAGAGUGGAGGAGGACCAGUGAAAUAGUUUGUUCUACUGAGGGACUGAGACUGAAGGAGAGUGGAGGAGGACCAGUGAAAUAGUUUGUUCUACUGAGGGACUGAGACUGAAGGAGAGUGGAGGAGGACCAGUGAAAUAGUUUGUUCUACUGAGGGACUGAGACUGAAGGAGAGUGGAGGAGGACCAGUGAAAUAGUUUGUUCUACUGAGGGAUUGAGACUGAAGGAGAGUGGAGGAGGACCCCUGAAAUAGUUUGUUCUACUGAGGGAUUGAGACUGAAGGAGAGUGGAGGAGGACCAGUGAAAUAGUUUGUUCUACUGAGGGAUUGAGACUGAAGGAGAGUGGAGGAGGACCAGUGAAAUAGUUUGUUCUACUGAGGGAUUGAGACUGAAGGAGAGUGGAGGAGGACCAGUGAAAUAGUUUGUUCUACUGAGGGAUUGAGACUGAAGGAGAAGAGUGGAGGAGGACCAGUGAAAUAGUUUGUUCUACUGAGGGACUGAGACUGAAGGAGAGUGGAGGAGGACCAGUAGAGGAACGUAUCAUCUCUGUUGAGAUCCAAAUCUCUUCUCCACUUUGACCCCACCUUCCAUGGCGAUGAUUGCUAACUCCACGGGGAUGACCUCCAAUGACCUCCCCCUGAACUCAACAUCGACUCUUAGUCCGGAACCUUGGACCCCGCCUCCUUGGUACCAAUUCCACGUCUGCUCCGUGGCCCCUUACGGAUUCAUCUUCUACUUUGGAGUCAAAGUCUUCAACCUGGCCAUAGGCACACCCUGCAAUAUACUGGUCCUGUGGCAGAUCUCCAGCAGGAAAAGUGACUCGUCCACGUCUGACAUCUUCAUCUUUAAUCUGGCUUUAAUGGACACCUACUUCUGCCUCAUGGGGCCCAUAGACAUGGUCAACAGGCUGGUCCUGGACCACCAAGGCAUCUGGUACUUCCAACGCUUUGCCUACGGGGUCAAAGACACAGGACCCCUCUUCCUGGUGUGUAUCUGUCUGGACCGCUACGUGGCCGUGGUCCAUCCGGUGCUGUUCACCGGUAUCCGUGACAACAAGAUCCGCAUUGGUGUCUCCGUGGUAACCUGGGCCCUCAUCCUGGCCUACAGCCUCACAAAGAGCAUCCUGGGAGUCAUGUCUGUCAACGAGGUGUUCAGCGGCCUCAUCCUCUUCGCCUUCGCCCUCAUGAUCUACUGUAACCUCUCCAUCAUAUGGGUCCUACGCCGCUCCGUAGCCGGGAAGGAGGUGAUGCACCCCGUGAAGAAGAAGGCCUUCAAAAUGGUGCUGGUCAUCUUGGGUAUAAUCUUCGUCAACUACCUUCCUCCUGUGGCUCUUGUUCCGUUCUUCUCCUACUACACGUUUGUCCAGUUCCGCUGUCAGGUGACUAUCAGUGUGUUCGCCAUCAUGGAUCUGAGUUGUAGUAUGGAGCCACUUCUGUAUAUUACCAAGAUGGACAGGCCUGCGUGUGUACCUGGCUGGUGCUGUGCGGGGGAGAGCUCGGCCAAGAAACCCUACGAGGUUAAAGUGUGAUGGGGCUCAUCACUAUCCUGCCAAGUUACAAAGUCAGAAGGCCCAAUCAUUUCUACGAUUCCUCUUCUUAAACUCUGAUUUUAAACCUUAACUUUAACCGAACCUUAACCACACUGCUAACCGUAUGCCUAACCCUAACCUUAAAUUAAGACCAAAAAUAACAUUUCUGUUGGCAGAAAUGUUUACGAUAAAGCCAAUUCUGACUUUGUAGCUUGGCCAUCUACUGGGAACCAUGUGAUGAGGGAGAGAAGAAGAGGCUGGUGGGUGGAGCUAUACGAGGAUGGGUUCAUUGUAAUGGCUGGAAUGGAAUAAAUGGAAUGGACCAUGUGUUUCAUGUGCGUGAUUCUGUUCCAUUUAUUCUAUUCCAACCAUUACAAUGAGCCUGUCCUCCUAUAUCUCUGCCCACCAGCCUCCAGUGGGGUGACCAUCUACCAACUACCAACUCCUGUCCUGGAGAGCCACUGCUGUGCAGGCUUUAGUUCCAGCCCUGCAGUACACAUUAUAUUCAGCCUGCACACUCCUGGCAUGUCUUAAAUUAGGUAGGCCGCAAUACACGCAUUUAGAUAUAUCACAGGGUAAAUGUAUUGUGUGUGGACAUGUAUACUGCUGUAUUGCCAAUAAA